AUGCAUUCAUUUACUGGUUUUGUCGACGUUAGAAAUUUUCCUGUUUGUCGUAAUUUGUGUUCGAAUACAAACCCAUUAUAUGUUUGCAACUCAAGAAUCACAAGAUGUUCCAAACUGGGGGAUAUAGAAACUGCACGCCGUGUGUUCGAUGAAACUCCCCAGAAGAAUGUGGUGACUUGGAAUUGUAUGAUAUCUGGGUACGUUAGGAAUGGGAUGAUUCGUGAGGCACGCAAGGUAUUUGAUGCUGUGCCCGGUAGAAAUAUUGUUUCUUGGACUGCUAUGUUAAGUGGGUACGCAAAAUGUGGAAUGUUGGAAGAGGCGCGAGUUUUGUUUGAGAAGAUAGAUAGCAAGAAUGUUGUUUGUUGGAAUUCAAUGAUAUCUGGGUAUGUAAGAAAUGGAGAAAUUAGAGAGGCUAGAAAAUUGUUUGAGGCAAUGCCUGUUAAGAAUUCUGUGUCAUGGGUGACUAUAAUUGAAGGGUAUUUUAGAUAUGGCCUUGUAAGUGAAGCCAAGAAGUUGUUUGAUCGUGCUUCAAAAAAAAGUGUCUUGGUUUAUAAUGCUAUGUUGGCCGGUUAUGCUGAAAUGGGAUAUGUUGAGGAUUCUUACGAGUUAUUUGUUAUAAUGCCUCAACGUGAUGUGGCUUCUUGGACUAGUAUGAUAAAGUGUUUUUCAAAUGGAGGGCAGGUGGAGAGAGCUAGGAGCUUGUUUCAGGAGAUGCCGGAAAAGGAUGUGGUGGCUUGGACAACAAUGAUGCGGGCUUAUUUGCAGAAUGGUCGUAUUGCAGAUGCUAGGGAAUUAUUUAAUGAGAUGCCUCAUAAAGACAUUGUUGCAUGGAACUCAAUGAUUGAUGGUUGUAUUCAGAAUGGAAGGGUUGAAGAUGCUCUUGAAUUGUUCAUGCAGAUGCCAAGGAGGGAUACAGUGUCAUGGAAUUCAGUAUUGCAGGGAUAUGUGCAACAAGAUGAUAUGAUUAAUGCUUGCAAAUUUUUUGAAGCAAUGCCCCAAAAAGAUGAAACCUCAUGGAACAUAAUGAUUGUUGGAUAUCAAAGCGAGAAAGCUUUAGUUUUAUAUGUCCACAUGUGGCAAAGUGGAUUUAAGCCUGAUCAAGGGACCUUUACUAGUGUAAUCUCGGUAUGUGGUGUGCUUUCUGUACAUGGUUGGGGAAGAGCAGUGCAUCUCCAUGUCAUUAAGAUUGGUUAUGAAAAUGAUACAAUGGNGUUAAGUUACAACUUUUUUGAGGUGUAA